GAGCUGAUGUUGUUAGCGAACCAGGCGGUCGCCACGAAGAUCCUCGAGAGCUUCCCCAUGUUCGGCGUGCUACGACGCCAUCCACCGCCCAAGGAUGAGCAGCUGAAGAUUUUGCAGCAGCUUUUGGCGAAGAACGGCCUUCACCAUUUUGCCUUCGGCAGCAACAAGGAACUGUCAGACUCCUUGCAGAAGGCCGUGAAACCAGAGGAUCCCUUCUUCAACACCCUGGUGAGGAUCAUGACCACCAGGUGCAUGAACCAGGCGGUCUACUUCUGCACGGGGGAAGUCCAGCCAGCGCUCUAUGCGCACUACGGCCUCGCGAUGGAGCGCUACACUCACUUCACUUCGCCCAUCCGUCGGUAUGCGGACGUCCUGGUGCACCGCUUGUUGGCGGCGGCCCUGGGCAUCGCCACUUUGCCGGAGCAGCUGCAAAGCAAGGCCGAUGGGGAUGGAGUCGAAGGGGUUUCAAGAUGGUGA